AUGGGCGCGGCGGCCGGCCUGUCGUCGUCGAAGCGCGUCAUGUGUCUCAGCGACGACGGCGACGUGAUCGACUGCGUGGACGUCUACCAGCAGCCGGCGCUCAAGCAUGCUCCGCCCGGUAGCCGACUACUUCGCCAGCUGAAGCCGGAGGUGGCAGCGGCCGCCUCUCUGUCGACUCUGCAGGGGCUGCACCCGACGCGGCGGAAACGCGGGAGAUGCCCGCCGGGGACCGUCGCGAUCCGCAGGGACUCGCCCCGCGCCAACCCGGAGGUCGCUCGCCGGGCCUCGCCGUUCGGGCGCCCCGCCACCGCCGCCGCCGGCAACUCCACGUUCACCCCCCAAUUAGUCAUGGACAAUAUGAAGGGCAAAGUGGAGGUGGCCGCUGCGUACGCGUGCAACAUGCCGUACCUCGGGGCUCGGGCGACCGUGCCGUACUGGAAGGUUGACGUCCACCCCGACGAGUUGUCCAUGAAUUACCUUCUGAUUGGGUACACGCUGGACAAGAGUUUCACGCCGUUUCCGGGGUCUCCGCCGCCCAAAACUCUUACCAAUCAGAUAGCCGUUGGCCUCGUGGAUCCGACCGGGGAGAACUGGUGGGUGACGGUGAUGGACCACGCCAUCGGCUACUACCCGGAGACGGUGUUCGACACGCGGUUCCCGGAGGCGUCCUACGUGGAGAUGGGCGGGCGGGUGCUGGACACCAGGCCCGGCGGCAACCACACCACCACGCCCGGAACGAGAUCCGCUGCAGUUGAGUGCCCUGCAGUGAGCUACAAUGCAUCAACUACACAGUGCCAGCUGGGGCUCCAGAUGUGA